UGUAAAAUCAGCAUAAUUUUUAUAAAUAUUUUACGCAAAAACGCAACCAAACUCCAUCAUAAUCAUACAUGCAAUAGGAACUACGAGCUUUGAAGUUAUAAAUCCAAUAAUAAAAAAUGGUAGUUGGAUACUCUACAGCAAAUAAUUUGAUUUAGAAAGUAUCAUAAAUAUGAAAGCGCGUAAGCAGAUUAUCCCCCCUUUGUGGAACUCUCUUGCUGAUGACUAACAGAAAGUUGGAGUUGCAGCAGAAGUUGGAGAAGAAAAACACCAUGUAAGCAGGUUUUGUGCGGUUACAGAGGACAUGACUGCAUCAAGCGAUUGAGAAUCAUGAUGAUAAUGAGUUGCAAUGUGAACUACCAAAUGACCAUGAAGUUCAAGCAGAUCCAAUGGAUAUUGAACAAAUAAAGGAGAAUCAUGAUGAUGAUGAGUUGCAAUGUGAACUACCAAAUGACCAUGAAGUACAAGCAGAUCCAAUGCAUAUGGAACAAGCAGAGGUGGAAUCAACUACAGACGACAACUUUUCCCAACCAACACCUUUUGGAAGUCAGUUAUCAUCUGAAUGGCAGGAUUCUCAAGAGCAUGAAGAUAGUCCAUUACGUAAAAGGAAGGCCUUGAAUACUUUUCUUGAUGCCAUAGGUGUUAGUCCAAUCAAAAAAACACUAACUGUCGAAUUUGAAUCUGCAUCAAAAAGGACACAGAAUGAUUAUCUAAAAAAAUCAAAAGAUAUUAUUCACAACAUCAUUUCUAUCAUCGCCCCUAACCAAGAGGCUCUGUUAGAAAAGGCUAUUUAUUCAAGUAAUCCAGACAACGAAGACACAAGCAUUAUUGAAUCUAUUUCAAAAGCUUAUUCUAGCAUGACCAGCUGGGGAACUCAGAGACAACUUCUUUCUUUAUUGGUGGAGGACCACAGUUACAAUGAGAUUAAGGAGUACAUACCAUCUCUGUCAAAAUACAAGUAUACUGCGGCUCAUAAGCAUGCUGCGAUCAAUGGCAUUGGCAUGCCAAUAGAGAAUAGAUCACAGACAAGAGAAAAAGCUACAAAGGAGCAGAUAGAACAUUUCUUAGAGUUCAUAAUGUCUCCAGCAAUAAUGACUGAUUCCCCAUUUGGUACUUGUUCAUAUAAAAUCUCUUCAGGAAUCACUUUGAAUGUUCCCAAAAUAAUUCUGAACAGUGUACGGACUAGAACUGUAUCAUUAUAUAUGAAGUUCUGUGAGGAAGUAGAGUUUCGAAAUGUUCUUUCUGAAAGGUCAUAUAUGAGGAUCUUGGAAGCAGUUGAACCAGGUAUCAGGAAGUCAAUGAGAGGACUUGAUAAUUUUGCCGCUGGUGGAAGCCAGGCUUUUGAUGACCUCAAAAACGUUGUUAGAGUAUUAGGUCAGCUUGGAAAAGGACACGAAUGGUCAGAGAAGAUGACUGGCAUGCUUAAUGAAGGAAAGCAGUACUUAAAAGUUCAAUACAAGUUGCACAUCAGUGAGAACUCUGAAAUACCUGACCACUGCUGUACUCAUGCGCUGUCAUCAGAGGACACUGCUUAUUCAAAAGCAUGUGACCAUUCACAUCAGAAAGUUUGUGAUGAAUGCAAUGGCAUCACCAGUCUAUUGGAUGAGUUACAGGGAACAAUUAGUUGCCAUGAGGUUAACUUCACUGAUCAUGACCAAAAAGAUGACAUUCAAUAUACAGUUGCAGAGGUUACAGCUUAUAAAGUUGAAGGUGACCAGAUAAAAGAUACACACUGCUUUCACGUGACUAUUAUGAACCAAUCACUGACCGAGUUGUCACUGCAAACUAGUGAGAGGUGGGAGUGUGAAGUUGAUUAA